AUGAACCUCUUUAAGAGAUAUUGGUUAGCAAUAUGUCUAACCAUCGCACUAUUGUCUGUUAUUGAUGUAACAUGCUCCACAGUUACCAAAUCUGUGCCUACUCCAAAGGAUAUUCUACGUUGGACAAGGUAUCAGCUAAGCUCGUAUCUAGAUACACACAAGAUAUUAUAUGACAAACAUGCCGACGACGCAAGUUUGAUCGACACCGUCAAGGCCUACAAGGAUGCUGCGGAAUCCAAUGCGAAAUUCUUUGGUGAGAGAGUAGAAGGAAUCGUGGACGGCAUCAAGAUCCAACUCGAGAAAGAAAGUGGUCUUAAGAAGGUAGCUGGAGAGGCACUCUUGUCACAUCUGCAGCACAUCCUGCGUCGAUUAGAAUUAAAAGGCGAGCUGUCCUGGGACCGUGUCCAGGACGAGCUUGAGCAGAAGCAGGUCGAGUUUAUCAAGCAUCGAAUCAUGACAGAUGCUCAGUGGAAGAAGUUUGUCCUCGAUGUUUCGCAAUCAUUCCAGAAUCAGACAUGGUACCAAAAGCUGUCAGGAAAAUACCCAACAGAUUUCAACACGGCAUCUUCCUCGCUUCACAAGUGGCUGCACAAGAUUGGAAAUCGACUAGCGGCCCGAAAGGACAUGACGCACGAUCAAAUAUUCGAGAUUCUAGAUCAUAUCAAGCAGGCCGUCGUAUCAAAUGACACAAACACGCUAGGCGAUAAAACAUGGCUUGAAGAGCUGGCCCAUCGGAUAGAAUCAAUGCCCGAGGUCGCAAAGGAAAAUGUGCAGUCCAUUGUGGAUUCGAUUGAGCAAGACAUCACUGCCUUUAAGAUAUUCGCAUCGGACUAUAUCCAGAACACCAUCCAAGAGACCAACCAGGCAGCCAUAGAUAUCAAGGAUUCUGUAAAGAGCUACCUUGAUUCUGUCCGACACCGUUUCCACUGGGUUCUUCACAAUGUUGAGUCAUUCAUCGCACCUCAUCUGUGGCCCAUUCAAUCCCAUGAAAAAUUCAAGAACUCCAGGGCACCUUUUACAACCACCAUAACCUCUGCAAAGGUCAUUUCUACUGUCCUGACCCUGUCGACCACAUCAACUGCUCCGAUUGGGGCCGUUGUUCCUACUCCAAUUGGGUCUACAGACUUGGGUUGCAAGCGUACCUUUGCAAACUACUGGUAUGAUGUCUCCUGGGAUGCCCUUCGUCAGCUAGGCUACACAGAAGUUCAGAUCAACUGGAUCCAGCGUAAUCUGGCGUUGGCUUUCCAGAACAGCAACCUGCCUAUGACAGACGAGCGCAUUGAUCAGGCUUUGGAACUCAUAAGAAUCUAUCUGACCAGCAAUCAGGUGGAACCCCCGCAUGGGAUCCGAUCUCAGAUUGAAAAAAUCAGACAAUUGUUCACCAAAUGGACGCAUCUCAAGUGUGAAAAAGAUUCAAACAACCAAUACAUCUUUAAUCAUUAA